AUGGCAACGCCGAAACGCGUGGACGCUAGUGGCUACACUUUGCGCGUCCGUAGCAUUGCCGGCAUCGAGUCCUGUUGCUACGUGGACUCGAUCGACGUGGCCUUUGAUCUCGGCUGCCUCAUUGACCACGUCGUGAACAAGUCGCACGUGUUCAUCACGCACGGCCACGUGGACCACAUUGGGGCCAUUGUACCGCAUGCAGCGCAACGAGCGCUUCGGCGGCAACCGCCGGCGCAGUAUUACGUACCAACGCACCUUGUCGAUCCGUUGGAGCGCAUGCUGCAGAGCGCGCGAGCAAUGCAGGGCGACGACGCGGCGUUUCCCGUCCGCAUUGUGCCGCUCGAGGCCUUUGACGAAGUGCAGCUCUCGCCCAAGUUGGUCGUGCGGGCAGUGCCCACGACGCACCGCGUGCCGAGUCUGGGCUACAUUGUCUACGAGAAGAAGAGCAAGCUCAAGCCAGCGUACGAGCACUUGUCGGGCCGGGCGAUUGCAGCGCUCAAGCGGGCAGGCACAGACGUCAGCAGUGUCGAGGUGACGCCCGAGAUUGCGUACACGGGCGAUACGACCAUCGAGACGUUUACGAGAGCGGUGGACGACGAACAGACCAUGGAUUUGCUGCGUGCGAAGGUGCUCAUCACGGAGGCCACGUACGUGGACUCUGCAAUGACAGUCCAAGACGCUGUGGACCGCGGCCACAUCCACCUUGAUCAGCUCGCGGCCCACGCGCAGAUUUUCAGGCAAGUCGGUGCCCUCGUGCUCGUCCACUUCUCUGCGCGGUACAAUGCCAGCCAAGUCGCUGCAAGCGUCAAGUCGCGUGUGCCAGCGUUUCUUCGACGGAAGAUAAAACUGGGCUGCUAG